AUGAGCAGCCCGGAACAUCGACAACUCAUAGGAAGGUUCAGCUUAACCGUCAAUGGGGAAGAGAAAAACGUUGACGUGUACGAAUUUCGAUAUGUUUGGAAAUCUCGAUCUGGGAUCGAGCUUGUCGACCGCCAAAAUGAGAACGGGGACAUUUAUGCUAUUUUGUCAGCCAAUCAUCCUGAGGUUAAUCUGGAACCGGGAGAAUUUAUCGUGAACUCGAGCACUGAAAAUAAGGAAAUAUUGCCUCAAAUGCAGCAAUUCCCAGAGUUUGAAGAUACUGGACGAGUUGCAAAUUUUUCCGGUGGCAAGUUUCCAAUAUGGCGACUACAAAGCUACGAUGUUUGCCCGGGAGAAGUCGUCAGAAAUAAGGUUGAAAGCGACUUACACUUUACAGGUGUUGUAGAGAGGCUGUUUUCUGAUAUGCACGAAAGCCUUCCCAAGAAACAGUACAAGGAUGUGAUCGCUGCAAGUCAAUUGAUUGAAAGCUUGCAGUUUUUGUCACAAGCACUGUGUGAAUCAGAUUUCUUUUCGGAGGACGCUCAAAGCUUGAAACAUAAUGAAAAAUGGUUAACGAAAGACGCCAGAGGAAGGUGGAAGAUUGUGAGAGAGACAGAAAUAUAA